GCCUCUUCCACUGAAGGGCCAAAACUUUUGUAACGGUAAUGGGGUGGUCUUCUCUGUGCUAUUUUGUUUGAUUCUGAAUCUUUGUGGGUUUUGAUCAUUUGAUGUUUGUGGCAUUUUGAUCUUUGGUGGGCAGAGUUGGUUUCAGGCCAGAGAUGGGAAGCCAAGGGAAGAAAGUCUUGCUCACUUCCAAUGGGGAUGAGAUUUCAGAGAGCAUUGCCCUGCAUUUAGUCAAGCGGGGUUGCAGGUUGGUUUUGAUGGGAAAUGAGUUUUGUCUGAGGAGUUUGAGAGAUAAGAUAAUGAGUAUGGCGGAGGCUGUGGUGCCUGUGGAGGUGGUUGGUUUGGAUAUGGAAGAGCAGAGGGAGGGAGUUUUUGAUGAGGCAGUGGAUCGGGCAUUGAAGAUUUUGGGCAACUUAGAUGCUUUUGUGCAUUGUUAUGCUUUUGAAGAACAUAACCUUACUUCAGAACUUGAUAUACUACAUUGUGAUAAUUUGCAUAUCAUCUCUUACGUACUGUUUGGAUAGAAAAUAGUAAAGGGAAGGG